AUGGAGACGGACUCAACUUCUUCCCCGACUACUGUAACGGUAGUAUCCGAGGCCACAACUUCGAACGACGGCGUUUCUGGCAUCAUUGGCUCCACCAUCCCCGGAGCGUCAAGGAUUGUUGCGCUCUUCUCAAUCCUUCCGGUCGGCUUGGUGAUUCUUGGCCUUCUGGUAUGGUGCUGCGUUUCAUCAAGACGUAAUAGCAGAGCAACGAGGCGUUUGCAAACAAGCCAGCCGCGUUGGAAACCGACAUCUUUACAAUGCCCAACUCUACUGAUUCUUCUCGGCCUUAUUGUCACAUUGAUUGUACUACUCGAAUCCGCAAGCCUUGCGCUUCCACGAGGGGGGACAUCUGAGGAAAUCCAACCGGCGAAUUACAUCCGCAGCGCAACUGUCAAGGAGGGGAUCUUGGUGGCCAGGUCAAACUCCCACCACCUUAGGUCCAUCUUAAAUGGGGUCUUCUCGCGAGGUGAGCCAACCGCUCCGCCCCCGAGUAUUGGAUGGCUUUCGCUCAACGGAGACGCAUGGCUGUCGCCUGAGUUGGUAUACUUCAUCGGCACGUUUCUACCCACCCUGGUGGCGUCCAUCUUCGCCAUCCCGUGGAAAAUACUGGACCUCGAGACAAAGGGUCUAGAGCCCUUUGCGCAGCUGGCACGCCCUGGUGGCGGUAGAGCAUCACAGACGCUUCUUCUUCAAUACAAUGGCGUCUCCGGCUUGGGUUUUGCAUUCAGAGCGCUGUUCACCGGACACUCGGCUGUAACAUUGUCAACCGUCUUGAAGUACAGCGCAGCCUUGUUAACCCCUCUAGCUGCUCAAAGCGUUCGUCUCACCCUGCAAGGCGAGUGUCUCCAGGACUGGACAAAGCACUGCACCGCGACACUUGAAGCGUCUAACACCAUGAUCCGAAUAGCACAGGCGUUGCUUGUGGUCAUGGGUUGUGUCGUCGUCGCAUACAUCUUCUUGCUGAAUGGGAAGACAUUCGGGGUUACAUCCGAUCCGCGCAGUAUCCUGGGAAUUUCCAGUCUCUCUCUGAACCCAUAUCUCACCGCCGUCAUGCGCAGGAUCUCGUUGGGUGCCGAUGGAAUGUUCUCGACUACCCAGGCUGCUGAAACGCUUGGGGAACAAAAAUUGGAGUUUGGCUAUAUCACGUAUCCGUCAGGAGAUCAGCAAUAUUGCAUUACCGUCAUGGGCGACGUCGCUGAGGUCCAGACUGUGAACUUCUCGAGACCUAAGGCUAAAGAUCAAACUCCCAUGUCGGAUCCUCCACCACUCGAGGUUGAUCGAGGCACGCCGAAUCGAUCCGUGUUCUUUUGGAUACUAGCCAAAGUGAUCAGUUUUGCCAUCUUCAUCAUUGGUUUGGUGAUUCUGGUACUAUACUAUCGGCUAACCUACAACGACAGUGGAUUUGAGAGAUUCAUGGAUUCCCAGAGCGCAUUUGGGGUCCGAUUUCUCUUCACUGUCUUUGGCGUGGUCAUUGGGUUUGGCUGGGCGUCCAUCUUCAACGAGCUGGCGAGGAUUCUUCCUGUCUGGAACAUGUCUCGACGUCCAAUGGAACCCAAGGACUCCAUCCUAAUGCCACUAUCUCCGAACCCUUAUGUUGGCAUCAUGACCUAUCUUGCUCGUGGGCAUAAACUGCUCGCGCUCAUCUCUGCCGUGACCAUACUAAGCGACUUCUUACCCAUAGUGCUCGCCAACGUUCCUUUCAACAACGCAAUCACAUGGAUGACAUUCAACGUCUGCACUUGGGUGAGCGUUGGGGUUCUAGGCUUCAUGCUUGCUGUGCUCGCCCUCGUCGCUGGCGUGGUCCUUUUCAGCUCCCCAAGCCACCAUUUCCCGUUUGUAUCUACAGACUUGGACACGCUUACGGCAAUUUUGUACUUGAUAUGCCGCUCGGGCAACUUCCUUUCCCAGCUUCAGGGACUCUCGGUGGUUGGAAAGGCGCAAGUUGAGAAACGUACAAAGACGUUGAACUCCAUGUAUGGUAUCAUCAGCGUCGUGGGUGAAGAUGGUAGCCCUCAUGUUACGAUCCAAGUUACGUCAUAG